AUGACCAAACAAAAUGGGCUUGGGGAGGCCCGAGAAACUCCCUGUUUGGGUGUGAGCCAACCGAUUUCAAAAGCGCUACCUGAUGCUCGGGAUUUACGACUUACAGCGCAGUUGGUUGAAUGUCUCAAAAGCUUCAAUUUAUUCGAAACUGAUGAAGAAAUGCACGCGAGGAUAGAAGUUCUUCGAAAACUGAAUUCGUUGGUAAAAAGUUGGGUUCGAAAGGUCUCCGAGUCGAAGCUUCCGGCGGAGAUGUGUGAAAACGUCGGCGGGAAGUUGUUUACCUUUGGCUCCUAUCGAUUAGGAGUUCAUACUAGAGGUGCUGAUAUUGAUACACUUUGUGUAGCACCGAGACAUGUUGAUCGAUCUGACUUUUUUGGUUCAUUUUAUGAUAUGUUAAAGGAGGACGAACAAGUAAGUGACCUUCAUGCUGUGGAAGAUGCUUUCGUCCCUGUUAUCAAGUUGAAAUAUGCUGGUAUUGAGCUUGAUAUUCUUUUCGCGAGAUUAGCGUUGAAGGAAAUUCCGGACGACCAAACCUUAAAUGACGAUAUGUUGCUGAAGAAUCUUGAUGACAAGAGCGUAAGGUCGUUAAACGGUUGUCGUGUUGCCGACGAAAUCCUUCGGCUGGUACCGUAUCCCGAGGCAUUUGCUUUAUGUUUACGGGCUGUAAAAUUGUGGGCAAAGAACCAUGGAAUUUAUUCAAAUGUACUAGGAUUUCUUGGAGGAGUUACGUGGGCGAUAUUAGUAGCGCGUACUUGUCAACUAUAUCCGAACGCUUCUCCUUCAAAGCUGCUUCUCAAAUUUUUCUUAGUAUUUGUGACAUGGGAGUGGCCUCUUCCUGUUGUGUUGAAGGAUAUGGACACUAGUAAUCGACCAGAUAUUGGCGCUCUUCAAGAGCUUGUAUGGGAUCCCCGAAUUCGGGGUUCAGAUAGAUUUCAUCUCAUGCCGAUUCUCACUCCGGCUUUCCCCGAGCAGAAUUCUACAUUUAAUGUUACGAAUUCAACCAGAAGGCUCGAGAUCAUGAAGGACAUUUACGAAGGUCGCGCCGAGUGGUCCAAGCUUUUUGAGGAAGUUAACUUCUUUACAAGAUACAAGCACUUCAUCUCUCUAACCUGCGCUGCUAGAAAUGAGGAAGAUCACCUGAUUUUCUGCGGUUUUGUUGAAUCAAAGAUUCGACACCUCAUUGGAGCACUUGAACGGAAUCAAGGGAUUUCGCUAGCCCAUAUCAAUCCUCGACAAUAUAAACCAUUACCUAGUGCUGUUCCAUCAUUUGGACCUAAAUUUGAUCGAGCGAUGGCUAAAGCUUUUGAUUUGACUGUCGAAAUUAGCCAAUUUCACCACAUUAUUGUAACUACUGGAAUCAAGAUGAAGCAGUAUAAUGAAGGGAUGAAGGUGAACCUUGUCAUAAGUCUUUCUUUUUAUCCGCUUCAGUUCAGAGGGUUUCGCAUAGGGUCAACUGUUCUCUUUGUAGAUAUUAAUCUAGUUGCUUCAAGAAAUGACUGUUAUAGGUCCAUUAAAAUGUGGGAGAAACAUACCGUAUAG